GUGCGGGGAACGGGGGCGCGGGGUAUCGCAGGUGCGGGACCCGGGCGGACGCGGGAGUCGGCCGACCUCGCGGGCCGAGCGCCGGGCGCUGCACCCCCGCAGGCAACUCGCUGAUGGCCCCGGUGGGCCGCUGGCAGAAGGGCCGCGACCUCACCUGGUACGCCAAGGGCCGGGCGGACGGCGCGGGCCUGAGCCGGGAAGAGGAGCUGGCGGCCGUGCGGCAGGCGGAGCAGGAGGCGCUCAUGGCGGCGCUAGGCUACAAGAACGUGAGGAAGCAGCCCACCGGCCUGAGCAAGGAGGACUUCGUGGAGGUGUGUAAGCGGGAAGGAGGAGACCACGAGGAGAAGGGAGUGGACCGGCUGCUGGGCCUGGGGAGCUCCAGCGGCUCCGCAGGCCGAGUGGCCCUGUCCCGAGAAGACAAGGAGGCCGCCAAGCUGGGGCUGUCGGUGUUCACGCACCAUCGGGUGGAGAGCGCGGAGGGCGGUCGGCCGGGCCCCUCCGCAGCCUCGGCCAGGAAGAAGCCUCGGUCGGAGGAGGAGAAGGCCGAGUCCGGCCCCGAGAGCCACAGGAGGAGCAGGAAGGAGAAGAAGAAGAAGAAGAAGAAGAAGCAGAAGCACAAGAAAGAGAAGAGGAAAGACAAGGCGCACCGGAGCAGGGGGACCUCGCCGCUGCCCCCCGCCUCUGCGGGGUCCGCGCGCCGCAGGCACGGCUCGGACUCGGACGGCGACUCCCGGUCCUGCUCCAAGAGGCAGCGCCCGCACCACGGUGACUGACCCCGGCCCCUCCGCCAGCUCCCGGAGGGCGUGCCACCUGCCGGGCCCGCCCCGCGCCGGGGAAGGCGCCCUGACCUGGGAAGGCCCCGCACAGCCGCUAUUUUUCUCUCUCUCUUUGUACUUAAAUAAACUUAUUUUAAAGGGCAA